AUUGACGAUUCACAGCAAUGGGAUGUCAAAACUGUGUUGUGGCCAAUCAACCAGAACAGCCAAUUGAGUUCAAGGAAUUUUAUUAUCAAGCCCGAUUUGUGACAGGUCUGAUAUUCUUUCCAACCGUAUGUGUUCUUGGUAUGAUUGGAAAUAUCCUCGGAAUAAUCGUCAUGUGUCAGAAGCAAAUGCGUUCAUCUACAAAUAUAUAUCUUCUCUCAUUGGCGAUAUCUGAUUGCAUCAAAAUUCUCAGUGAUGUUCUCUACUUUCUUGUUAUACUACUUUCAGAAGUAGAUCCAUCAACCGGAAAUAAAGCCUUAGGAUUUGUAUAUCCUUACGCUCACUAUAUAUUUAAUGCAUCAUUAUGUGUUUCUGCCUGGCUAACCGUUUCGGUUGCUUUUGAGCGGUACAUAUAUGUGUGUCAUCCGACUAGAGUUAAACGAUUGUGUUCAAUAUCACGUGCCAAAACAAUAUCAACAACAGUUUUUGUGAUAAUGAUGGUAUUUUCUGUUCCAUACGCUAUGCGAUAUAAAACUAUAGAAGUUUUACAAAAUACGACACAAAGUAUAAGCUACGAUCUUCAUCUAACAGAUUUAUGGGCAAAUGAAACGUUUGCUAAAACAUUUAAUUGGUUACAUUACUUUGUGCGUUCCAUCAUUCCUUUAUUCCUACUCAUUAUUCUAAAUACUUGCAUUCUAUACGGAAUACGACGAUGUAGACUUGGUCGUCGGAAACACCGAAUAACUGUGAUGUUGAUUGUUAUCAUAAUAGUUUUUCUUAUUUGUAUAGUUCCAGAUGCCAUCAUGUCUACGUGUCUUGGACUCGGGUAUUAUGAGGAAAAUUAUUUAGCUCGUGGUAUACGUGAAAUCACAGAUUUGUUAUUGUUAAUCAAUACCGGUGUUAAUUUUAUUAUCUAUUGCAUAUUUAACACAAUAUUUUGGAGAAACUUUCAGGAAUUAUUCUGUCCAUGUUGUCUUACUCCAGGAUUUUAUAUAGAAGAUAGUAACGUUCGACGUCUGUCACUAAUUGCUAGAGGUUCGUUGAGAAUUAAUGGAAAUCGUCGCAGUAUUAAUGAUGAUAAACUGUUAACGGAAGUGUGAUUGUUAUUUAUGUAGGUGAUAUUUUUUAUACAAAGAUAUAUUUUUGAAUGGAGUAGACUGGAAGUUCUGUGAUUAUUUUCAUGAAAAAUAUCAAUUUGACAUCAUGUACAUGUAGCAGAAG